AUGGAAGGAACAUCAAGGGAAUAUGAAGAUGGCAUAGGAUUUACGCUAUCUCACAAAAAUCAUCACACAGAAAACCUGGCUUUGGGGAUGAUAUUCAACAGUAGUUACUUCACUCCAGAGACCUUCUUCCUCACAGGCCUCCCUGGACUGGAGGCUGUCUACCCCUGGCUCGCCAUCCCCUUUGGCUCCAUGUACUUUGUGGCCCUUGUUGGCAACAGCCUGAUUCUAGUAGUGAUCCAUGGCAAUCCAUCCCUCCAUCAGCCUAUGUAUUUGUUCCUGGGUAUGCUGGCCUUCUCUGAGCUUGGAGUCUCCGCCUCCACACUACCCACUGUGAUGAGCAUCUUUCUCUUUAAUGCCAAUGAGAUCAGCUUCAAUGCCUGCUUGUUCCAGAUGUUCUCCAUCCACUCCUUCUCUAUCAUGGAGUCAGCCGUCUUGCUCGCCAUGUCUGUAGAUCGAUUUAUAGCCAUCUACAGCCCACUGCGCUAUACAGCCAUCCUAACUCUGCCCCGCAUUGCCCGCACGGGAGUUGCCAUUGCACUAAAGAGUGUGGUGGUCAUGUUUCCACUGCCAUUCCUCCUGAAGCGCCUGCCCUUCUGCGGUCACAAUACCCUAUCCCAUUCCUACUGCCUCCAUUCAGACCUGAUCCAGUUGCCUUGUGGGAAUACACGCCCCAAUAGCAUUCUCGGGCUAUGUAUUGUCACCUCCACUUUUGGACUGGACUCAUUGCUGAUUGUCAUUUCUUAUGUUCUGAUCCUCCAUACAGUGCUGGGCAUUGCCUCUGGGGAAGGUAGGCGCAAGGCUCUCAACACAUGUGUGUCGCACAUAUGUGCUGUGCUUGUGUACUAUGUGCCCAUGAUUGGGGUAGCUAUGGUCCAUCGCUUUGUGAAACAUGCUGCUCCUGCUGUCCGUCUCCUCCUGGCCAAUGUCUAUCUCCUGGUCCCCCCUGUAGUCAACCCAAUUGUCUACAGCAUCAAGACCAAGCAGAUCCGUCAUGGAUUGGUCCAGAUCCUGCUCCAGAAAAAAUGUUCAUGA